AUGUGGCCACCCUACAAGCUAGGGAGUAACAAUGAACUGUGCCUCUGAGCACGUACUGAGCGGCGGAGCCUGCUGGCCAAAUCAUGCCUCCACUUCGUCCCCUUUCCCGGUUCUUCGCAGCCUGAGCUCCGGAACGCUCGCCCGGUUCCCUUCUUUGGCAAAGAAGGACGUGACCCCUUUUCCCCUGUUGACAAUCGUCUGGGAAGUGCUGCUUGCCUGCGUGCCCCAGAUGGGAGCGUGCCAGGCGGGGGCCUCUCUUCUUUCCUCGCGGGCUGCUGCUGCUGCGGCAGUGUAAGCUAGCCAGGCUAAGCCCAGCCCCCCUUCUCCCUCCCUGGCCCCGCCCCUUGCCCAUGUGCGGCCCGGGAGUUGAUGUCAUCGUUCCGGCUGCCUGAAAUGUGUGUCAGUGGGGCAUGCCUUUGAUUCUGUCACAUGCAGGCUACACAUGAGCCAGCCGCUAAGGCUUGCCAGAGCCGAACUCCCCCGCUCCCUCCUGGCUAGAAAACAGGAGCGCCUAAUCCCGGAAUUGAAACAAGCCAAAAAGCAGCAACCCUCACCCACAUCUAUAGCUACGUACCAUCAGGGCAGAGCAGGGGUGCGCUGCGCGCGGGGAAGUCUCCAGCCCCCUUUUCCCAAAGCCCUGCACGCAAGCACGUGGGAGCCACAGUAGACAGCCAAACGCUGCCUCCUGAACCUUAACCAUUUUGCACGGCGGCAGCUCAGGAGCGAGCAAGCACACGCGCGCGCGCAUCCGCAGGAGAAAAAGAGAGAAAGUCGCAGAGGAAUCCCUCAGCGCCUACCCUACUUGCUACCGAGCACAUUUCGGCUUGGUGUUGCCUGCUUAGGGGAGCCAGAGAUCACACACGAACGCACAGAUCGAUUGGCGCACACAAGCGCUACACUCAACUCCUCACCGUCGACGCGAUUCCUGCUUUGCAGCCUGAGCCCGGUGAAAUUAACAACGGCAGAGGAGCGCACAGAGACACAACAUGGAUAACAAUUCUGGUGGCGUGAUCCUGUAUGUGGGCUCAACAGCUGGCUCCAGCCCCACCCCAGGCAGCCCUCCCAGUGGAUAUCUGGUGCCUUCACCCCAACACUCUCUGCCCUCCUCGCUGGAAGAACUGACUCUCACUGAGAUUGGGGCCAUCAAGCCACAAAGGGCCAGCUCCCCCUCCUCACCCAAGGUCGCCUUCCAGUUCCCAGAGGGGAUUCGUUAUCCCAGCAAAGGACAGUCGCCCCCAACACAGAGCAGGGUGCCUACCGUCAAGCAGAAUGGAGCCACCGGCACCUUCACCAAGACAGGCGGGAUGGUGCUACUCUGCAAGGUUUGCGGUGACAUUGCCUCAGGCUUUCAUUAUGGCGUCCAUGCUUGUGAAGGAUGUAAGGGCUUCUUUCGCCGCAGCAUCCAGCAAAACAUCAACUACAAGAUGUGCGUGAAGAACGAGAACUGCCUGAUCAUGCGGAUGAACCGCAACCGCUGCCAGCACUGCCGCUUCAAGAAGUGUCUGGUGGUGGGCAUGUCCAGAGACGCGGUGCGCUUUGGGCGCAUCCCUAAGCGAGAGAAGCAGCGGCUGCUGGACGAGAUGCAGAGCUACAUGAACAGCCUGAAUGAGGCUCCCAUGGAUGUUGUCCUGAGCCCCGAGGCAGAUGCCCCCCCCAGCCCAAGCGCCCAGGAAGAGGAGGCCAUUACUGCCAUUUCAAGGGCCUACCACGACAUCUUUGUGAGCGGGCAAGACCGCCUGGGCAAGUCUGGCGGGACCCCAGGGAGCGAGGCCUGCCCCUUGGCCAACUACAACGACCAGCAGCUGAACAAUGCCUACAGCUAUGGGCCGUAUGAGUCGGCCACCCUGCGCCUGUCAAGCUACAGCCCUCAAGAGCCACCCAGUUACGUGGACAACAGUCCCCGGUGCUUUGGCAACGAGAUCUUCCAGGCCCAGCAGGCCAGCUAUUUGCACAAUGCUGGGAGCUACCCAGCUUUUGAAUAUGGCUACCCUGAGGCAAAUCCCCAGAGGGGCUGCCCCUGGCGAGGAACGACCAGCAGAGGCAUUGCCUGUCCCCUGAACGCCACCCCCUACUGCAACAAUGGGAAGAGCAGCCAGCAGGUGUGGGAGGAGUUUUCGCAGUGCUUUACGCCGGCCGUCAAGGAGGUGGUGGAGUUUGCCAAGAGCAUCCCAGGCUUCCAGUCGCUCUGCCAGCAGGACCAAGUGAUGCUGCUGAAAGCCGGCACAUUCCAGGUGCUAAUGGUGCGCUUCUCCUCCCUGUUCAGUCCCAAGGAAAAGGUGGUGACCUUCCUGAGUGGAGAGACAUACUCGCUCUGCAGCCUGCGUACCAUGGGCAUGGGCUCCCUGCUGGAUGCCAUGUUUGAGUUCAGCGAGAAACUCAGUUCACUGGGCUUGGAUGCCCAGGAAAUGGCUCUCUUCAUGGCCGUGGUCCUCGUCUCAGCAGAUCGCUCGGGCAUCUCUGAUGUGGAUGCUAUUGAGAUCCUCCAGGAGACUUUAAUAAGAGCCUUGAGAACUCUAGUAACUAAGAAGCAUCCAGAUGACUCCACACUUUUCCCCAAGCUGCUCCUCCGUCUCCCUGACCUGAGGACCCUCAACAACCAGCAUUCGGAGAAACUCCUUGCCUUCCGGAUCAACCCUUAAGCCCACUGGACCACCCAAACCCUCAGAGUUUGUGGAAGAAGAAUUGAGAAUCAACCAUCAAGCAAAUAUAAUGCAUUGGACUACAUUUUGCUCUUUGGAAGAAGACGACGACGAUGAUGAAAGAAGAGGAGCAGAAGGGAUCCGGCAAGGGCAGGGAGCCCAUCGCUGCUGGGAUCUGCUAGAGCAGAUCCCUCCCCAGUGAGGAGUUCAGAUACAGGAAGAAGGGCGCGUUUCCCGGCCCGCGCUCUCCACGGCGCCGUGCGGAUUGAAGAUCAUUUAUUUGCUAGAGGAGAUCAAGCAAAUGAACUGGACACACGUACCGUGUUGUUUCUAAAUAUGUAUAUAUCUAUGUGUAUAUCUUUUUUUCCUUUAUGCUAUUGUCUCAAGGUUCUAUUCUGUAUAUAUAAACUGAGCGUUGUGUACAUAAUAGUGACUGGUAGCUCUCGGGAAUACCCACAGACAUCCUGAUGAGGUGAUCAUGGCCACCUUAGUUCCUUUUCUUAAUCUGCAUGCUACUGUAGCCCCAAGUCUCUGGCUCUCUUUUGGGGCCUCUAUUCCCUUGCUGCUAUCUCUUGAUAGCAGGAGCAGUAUAUACAGGGCUAAGUGCUGCACUGUCUUAUGAUGUUCAAUAUGUACUGCAGAUUUUACUGGGUAGCUGUUAGGUAGAACUAUUUGGUGGCCAGUUUCCACCCCUCCCCUCCAGGUGAGCAAGUGGGGCCACAACCCUCUUUUGUCUUGUCUGAUGUGGAUAACUAUAUUCUAUUUUGUAAAUAUAUCAAAGAAACCAACACAAAGGGGCUUCCACCAGUUCAUGGGUAGAGUUGUACUUGACUGUCCAAGAUGGCCAAAGCAUGUUCAUGAGGCCAUUGGUGAAAGAGAACGAUUGUAGAGAGGCUAAGUCGGUCGGGGGUCAGAAAGACAGUUCCAGUGGAAGGAGUGUGAGUACUGUUGAAUGGGAGAAGGGAAGUCUAGAUGAGCCAGGAUUCCUUCCAUGCCAAGUCAGAUGCAGGCAAGCAAGCAAAGCAAGCUCAGCUGUUGGGAAGAAAGAGCUACGCCAGUCAAACACUCCUAAUGCCGUUCUGCCCAAACGGACCGGUUCCUUCCAGACAAUGGUGCUUUUUCUGAAGGUUUAAGCUGUGAAUAGUGCUUCCUUCCAGAGUUCCAGCACCUGGCUUUCCAUCCUAACCUCCUGAUAUCUUUCUCUUUCUCCCACCCCAGGACGGAGCUUAGAACCCUGGAGUUCUUGUUGUCUCUAAACUGACUUUGUUAGUUAACGUCAGCUGUGUUCUCACAAUCAUGGCGAUCUUGGUUAAAGAGUUAACCAGGAUUUCUGAGCCCCCAGAAAUCUGUGAGAUGCAGGUUCCCCAGACAAUCUUGAUCAAACCGCCAUGGUUUAACCAGGAUGGUUAUUUAUCCUGGUUAAAUGCAGUUUAACCACGGCACAUUUAAUCUGUGGUUAACCAGGAUUGCCCAGGAAGUCUGUGUUCCCACAACAAGCUCCAUGGGACCCAACUAUCCAGGUGAGCUCUUUAACAAGGAUCACCGUGAUUGUGAGAAUGCAAGCUUCAUCUCUGUUCCAGAUUUACAAAUCUAAACCUAGACCUCUGGCUAAUCAGCCUUAAGCGAAUAAUAAGUAGACUCCUUUUCCCCGAGGGGUUAGGAUGGAACUUAGAAGUGCUGGUUCUAAGAAUCCCGAUUCAUUACACUUCAGGCUGUGUGUACUUGGCACUUUAAUAAUAAUAAUAAUAAUAAUAAUAAUUAAUAAUAAUAAUAGUUCAAAAAGCAACCAUACUGUGCCAAGAAAUGCCAAAAUCUAUGACUUGAAAAAGUUAUGCAAAUAAAACACAUUUGUAUGUAUUUGCUUAUUCUGCACAAUUUAUCUGGCUUCCCCAAACAUGGAACAGGGCUGUGGGAAGGCACAGGAAGUGAUGCAGAGCGUGGAAGCUCCACUGCCUAACAUUGGAAAACCUGCUCAGCAGUCCUUCCCUCUCUUCCGCUAGGCUCUGGCACCUGGGAGGAGGCGCCGUGGAGGGAAAUAUGGUGAGUGCAGGGAGCAUUCGUCACUCAUCCUGCACAUUCCUUUGGUGCUUUAAAUUGCACCCUGCUUCCCACUUUACAUGUGACUGGGGCGCAACCACAUUUUGAAGAAACAGCCUUGCGUAGUUUGGGCUUGAGAUUCCACUAGCUAAAGCCCAACCUGUUUCAAAUAAUAUUCUCAGCCAUAAGGGCUAGAAGCCUGAUUUUUCUUUUUUAAAUGGCAGCUGACAUCCUCAGGAUGCUGGAUUUUGUAUGAGAUACCACAUCCUCUACGUGGAGUCUGGUAGGACUGCAGACACAUGGAUUGCACACACCUGUGGCUAUGUGAAUCCAGAGGUCCCAGUACUCCAGAAAAUGCAUUUUUUCCCCCAGCUGGUGCCCAGAUGGUGUAGAUUCAAAAGAAGGAGCUGAAACGGAACCCUUGUUUGUUUCUUUUUUGAAACUGGUAAGGGAGGUGACCAAAAAGGGCACUGGGGCUCCCUCUCCUGCCCAGUAGGACCCCCACCAUCCCAACUUGUCUGUGGUCAGCUCUGCCCUGUUCUCUGCAUCGAUACAUAUCAGAUCUUGACAUCCCAGUUACAGGAGCUUCUCAUGGCACGUUUCCGUCACCCUCCUGUGUGCAUGAUGUGGGGAAUAGUUGUGUUCUUUGCAGGGUGGGAGGGACACUGUUGCUGCUGUUCAACACUGCUUUUAAAUAAAAACCAAACGUUGCACUUUUGUUAGAAAUCUAGAACAAAUGUUAUAUAUAAAUUAUAUAUAUAGAGAGAGAUAUUAUAAAAGAAUUCCCUCCCUAAACUGGAGUAUAUUUGCUGCAAAGGGAAAAUAGAGAGGGUUUCUUUUGCUGCUGCUGCUGCUGGGAGUCCAAAAGACUCGCAAAAGAGGCCGAGAGGAAAAAAAGAGAGAGUUUAUUUUUUUGUCUAAUAUUGAAGUGCAAUAAUAUAUGAUAAAUAAAAUAAAGCCUUGCUUAACAGUGAAA